AUGGGUUCUCAGCAACCACAAAAGGCGCACCUGCCAAACCCAUACGCCCAGGCAAGCCUGCCCAACCCGUAUGCUGCAGCUGCAGUUGCCUCGUCUGCGCCUGUCAAGUUCACAGAAGAACAAGCAAAGGCCGAGCAGCAAAAGAAAGCACCUGCUUUUCAUAAUCCACACCAAAUCAAGCGCCCUCAGGCCAAGAAGGCCGGAACCACCGUCAAGAAGCCUCUCAUGCCUGCGGUCUCCUCUUCCACCACUAGCUCUUCAGACCCUGCCCCAGCUCCAGCCUCGAAGGCAGAACAACAUGGCAUAGACUGGUACCGAAGCACAGCAGACGACGAUGCAGCCAUUUUGGAAGAGAGAAGACAGCGUCAGUACGAGGAGGCGCAAAGAAAGAAACAGAUGAAGAAGUUUCAAAAGCAGUUUGGUUACUGGAAUCCAACAGCUCCGCACAAGCCUGAGCGCUGGUCUAAUCUGAAAGCGUAUAGAGCAAGCGGUGGCUACAGGCGUAAGCAGGAAGGAUUCAACGACUUUCUGCGAUCGGCUGCUCGCCAGACUGAGAGGUCGAGGGAGGAAAGCGAGGGCUCCAACGUCUCAAGGCCCAUGUCGUCGCCACGGUCAACUUCACCUCCGUCUUUUGCAGCAAAGCCUAGUUUCGCACCACCGUCUUCAUACGACCAGCCUACUGCAUCUUCUGAGCUGUACGACGAGGACCCUUAUGCCCGCCGCAUGCGUCUCUCGCAACAACAGCCCAGCGCAGCACCGCCUCCACCAUCUGUAUCAGAUGAUAUUCCACCACCUCCACCCCCUCCACCAUCUGUUCCCAACGCUGGCGCACCUGGUACGACACCUGCGAACUCAUCGGCAUACCACAACGCUACCAUCUCCGCACCUCCAGUCCGCUACGCCGGCGCCACUAUCUCUGCGCCGCCAGUACGGUUCGAGCAACCCCCCAGCAUCCCCGACGAACCCGAAUACUCCGAACGCCCGGCCAAGCGCCCCAAGAUCAGCAAGGCGGAAGCCAUGAUGGCGAAAAUGGGAUACGUCAAGGGCCAAGGCCUGGGCAAGAACAACGACGGCGUAACCACGCACCUGGAGGUCAAGAUCCGGAAGCCUGCACCAGGCGGGCAAUCCAGCAUCUUCGACGACGGCGAGGGCAGCAAGGUCAAAUCUGCCCAAGUGUGGGAUGUACGUGGUGGGGAGCGAAAAAAGGACGAGCCAGGCAAGUUUGGAGAGGAGAGCUGUGUGGUGGUGACAUGGGGGUGUGUAGACAAGGUAGACUGGAGCGAGAACGCGGAGAGAGACGACGGAGGAAUCAGACAAGACAUGGGCGACGUGUUCAGCACAAAGUUCGGUCCCGUCGAAAGACUGCACGUCGACGAGUCGAACCCUGACGGCGUCGUGUACAUACACUUCAAAUCCGUGCUGAGCGCUCUCAACGCUGUCAAUCGCUUCGAGGAAGGGUGGCAAUACCGCGGCCGUAAUAUUCGCGCGCGGUACUACGACGAGCGAAAGUUCCACGCUGGUAUCUACGAGCAUUGA